ACGGGAACAAGAUACCCAAAUUAGGAAAGAACAAUAAGUACGGUAUUACGGAAACGGGCUGCAUACGAAACUGGAUCGAGAAAUGAAAAAUUCUUUGUUUCGUAGAAAGCUCGGAUGUGAACCUGUAACCUGAAUUACGGAACGCCGAAACGUCCGCGCCCCCGGCCGCAGACACAUAUAGCGGGCUUCCCCGAACUAUAUUACAUGCACCUCGACUUACGGAGGCGGUGACUACGUGUUAAGUGGAAGACACGUCGCAGCGUCUUCCUGAAUCCCGCCCUCUUUUAUCCCGUCACUAUAAAUAUGUAGCCGAACCGUUCCCUGUUCAGUCGUUCAUGAAAGCUCGAGGUGUGCACCGUGCCAAAUCUCGCUACUCCAUAGCGGCAACGUGAUCGCAAUCGCGUCUCGAAAUCAUAACAUUAAUUUACGGGAUUUCGUAACUUGGCGAUAUAUCAAAGGGAGCAUCUCUGUGUUGUUUGUGUGUUCAUAAUGUUGGACAAGUCUUUCAUCGGGGGCAGUUGGGAAAGCGUGGUGUCGCGAGACGACUACGAGGUCGACUACAGCUCAAGCCCGAGGGGAUCUCCGCUCAAGGACACGUCUAACAUCCAAGAUGACCAAACAUAUUGCAUCAGUCGUCACAACCCCAACAAAACUUACCGCCGCGAAUCCGUGAUCGCUUCGUGGAAAAGUUUGAAGAAGGAAAGGGAACUGGCUUUGGGGAAACGUGUUAUUUACGUUGACCCUAACACUUACAAGGAUUAUUAUGGCAGGAAUCAGAUGAAGCGAUGCAAGAGCGACAGAACAGCUAAUGUGCCCAAGGUUCCGAAGAAGGUUAAAAGGGCAUAUUCAGUUCUUUAUAGAUACGAUCCUAAUGAAGAAAAAGUUAUUAAAGAAUAUAAAUAUCAACUCCCCAAAGAACCGCAGGUGGUAACUCCGCCGCCAAUGCAGAGGUCUUACUCGGAACCUUUCUUGAGACCGGAGGCUGUGCCAAAGAAGAAGGUAAAAAGAUCUUUCACCACCCUCCUCAACAUCAAGACGAAGUUCUUCAACAUUUUCUCUUCGAAAAGUUAAAUCGUUUCGUGAGGAUUUAGGAUGAUUAAUUGCUCAAAUCAAUGCAUUUCGCGUUCAUUGACUAAUUCAAAUUUAAUGAACACAAAUUGGAUUUCAUUGCCAAAGUAUCUAGUCAGAGCUUGACGAAGACGAAUUGUGUAUAAAUAAUUUUGAUUCGCAAGGAGAAAGUAGAACCCUUUCUUUAUUUAAAAGUUUUAUACUACGGCAAAAAGCUAUAUGAUUCAAAUUGUAUUCUCACACAGCGUUUUUAGAAAUAAGUUAAUUAAGUUUGUAAUAUUAAGUGUGUUGUGAUAUAAUUUAGUAUUUUUAUAUAAUAUUGCACGGUCUCUAUGUUGUAUAUUUUAUACAAUAUUAGACGACGUUGCUGUAAGCUUUGAAUAAUAUUAUGUAAUUUGCAUUUAAUUAGGUAUAUGAGAAAUUUGUAGUUUCUUUAAUUUUUUUAUUUCAUUAUGAAAUAUAAAUAAUUAAGUUUAACUAUUUGGAAAAAAUAUUGUAGUAAUUUUCACAACAACAUUAAUUAAAUAUUCAUUAAAAUCUAUAUAUAGAGACAAAAUAAAGUAAUUUUUAUAUUUUUUAAAUAAAAUAUAUUUUUAAUUACAUUUUGUGUUCUGUUUAUAAAAAAAAGAACAGGUUCAAUGAAUAUAUCUCAGAAAAUAUGUAUUGCUAUUAUAAUAAUCUGCUUUACUUUUAUAAAAAUGGAAGAUACUGAAAAUCUUAGGCUUUAUGUCAUAUUCAUGAUAUGACAUAUAAGUUUUAAGGAUAACUUUAUUUCAAAAACUAAUUACUUCAUGUAUAAUAAAAAAUAUAACAGAUAAAUGUUUAAGUACUUAAAUUUCUUUUUAAAUUCCAAUGUUUGUGUAUUUUACAUUUCUAAUGAGUAUGUCAUGUUUUAUUUUGAAAUAAAAGUAAAAAAAAGCUAAUUUAUUAAUAAAUACAAGCUAACAGAAAUUAUACAUUCAUUUAAUAUCGACUAAAGCCCUUUUUCUUUAUACAAGCACGGCUUUAUUGACAAAUCUGUCGUAACUAAUCUUAUACCAUGUUUUGUCUCUUUCGAUUGUCUAAAGUUAACUCAAUGACAAGAGGAAAAUGUUGAACACUGUCCCUAAGUUACACGACGCUUAUAAGACCAGUUUUGUUUACAAUCAUGUAUUCAUGCUUUAUAGGCGUACAGUAAUAUUCAUUAACCGUCGCCAGUAUUAUAUACUUGUCCAAUCGUUAUAUGGACUCUACUUAUUUAUAUUAGCUAUUGUAUAAUCAAACGAAAUAUUUUGUCCUUAUUUUUAAAACCUAUUCUAGUUUAUAUUUUAGUAUAUUAUAACCAUUCCUUAGGAACACUAUUUAGAUAUUAAUUAGUAUAGUGAUUUUAUAUUUAAAAUAUCUUAUAUUUAGUGUUUGGUUUUAAUGAUAGAGGAGUGUUUGUUGAUCGCCGAUAUUUUUUCAUGUACUACAUUGUUCAUUAUAGUUCGUCUAUUUAUUUAACUAGGUAGACUCUAACUAGUAAGCAAAAAUAUUACUGUUCGUUUAAAAUUUAUUUGAUAAAAUAAUAAAAUUUCAGAUUUAAUUUGUUAAAACAAUAUUAAAGUUUCGUCUAUGAGCUGCUGAAAAAUAGCAUUUAUAUAAAUCGAAGAUAUUUAGCAUUAUACCAUAAACAAUAUAAAAUUCUAUAAACAUUUUGUAAUAAUUCUAAAAUAUACAGGGUGAAGUUUUAAUACUUUUUUAGUAUUCUUCUGCUUGACCAGUUUUUCGAUCGAGUUGUUGGUUUUUAGACGUAAAUAUAGAAAUAGAGUGAAACUGUCUUAGUAAUUAUCGUUACGGAAUAAACAAUCUUAUGUCAUUACCCAUAGUACUCAGAAUAAGUACGCCCUUUAAAAAUACACGGCGAGUUUAUAGAAUUGGGUAAUUUGACACCGAACACUCCUCAUUUACAUUACAACAUUAAUUGACCAUAUCAAAUUUUAGUAUAUUAAGUUUUCAAUUAACUAAAUGACUUUAUUUACGAACGUAUGCUAUUAUUGAUUGUAUUCAAUAGAUUUUUAAGCAAUAAAUUUUAUUACAUAAUUAUA